CACAGUAGAUAAAUUUAAGCUAGAUUCGAAGAGUCAAAAGCUAAAAAUCACAUUUUACUGUACAAAAAGACAAUAUUCCAAUUUACACCCACAAAACCCUAGAAUUUGUUCAAACAAAAACCCUAAUUUUAUCUUUUAUCUUUUUAUCUUUUUUUAAUUUUUUGUUCUUACUCGUUUGGACACCCAAUGACCCAAAAACAACCCUAACCCAGUAACCUCAAACUUCUCCCUCGUUUACUUUUUUUUUUUUUUUAUCUCCAUAGCCCUUUGUUUCUCUUUCUAAAACACUCAACUGUUUUUGUCUCUAAUUAUUGUGUAGUUUUUUCAGUUGGUGCAAUGGAGGUUGGGUUUUUGAGCUCUGAUGCGGUUGCUUUGGAGAGAAUGAUGGUUUGCUCUGUUAUUGAAGCUGUGCUGGUUGAGACCCUUUUGGCAGCUGAGAGAUAUCUUGCUUGUCUUCUCAUGAUGGAAGGAUCUCUGCUGAAGGAUACUGAGGGGUUGCCUACAUUGACUGGGACUGAUGGAAGGUUUCCUAUGGAUGAACUUCGUAGAAUGAAACAGCCUGGUCCUGAAAACAAAGAUGCUAGUGAUACAGAGGAUGAUGAUGCAGAUGACGAUGAUGAUGGUGAUGAUCAGGACGAUGAUGAUGCAGGUGAUGAGGAUUUCUCGGGUGAAGAGGGGGGAGAGGAUGAUGAUGAAGGGGACCCUGAGGAUCCUGAGGCUAAUGGUAAUGAGGGCAGUGAUGAUGAUGACGAGGACGAGGAUGACGAUGACGACGAUGGUGAUGGUGAUGGUGAUGAGAAAGAGGAAGAAGAGGAGGAAGCCGAAGAUGAAGAGGAACAACCACCGGCCAAGAAAAAGAAAAUGAAGUAAUUGUAUGUCUCUCUUUAGUUUUCUCAUAGUCGGGAGUAUGUUGUAGGAAGGGGAAUACUUGGCCUAUGUGUGUUGGUAGAGUGGGAAAUUAGCCAUCCUUGUUCAGAAUGAUCUUCCUGCUUUUUAUCUUGUGAUAGAUUGUUAUGAUAGAUAUCUCAUUUUGUGGAAUGAAUUGCUAUUCUGGAUUUGU